CCACCACUCCAUUUGGGUGCUUAACUUUUUUUGUUACUGAGGAUAUUUUUUAAAGAAGUAAGAUAUGCCAGCAAAAAUGUAAAGCGGAAUCACUAGAGUAACUCAUGCGACCGAAUUAACAUUAGAGGAUACCAUGUGUGCAGUUGCGUCAGAAACAGCGUCAUGAUUAUACAAUAAUAUUAUAAUUUAAAGUGAAAUUGCUUUGUCAGGUUCUCACACGAAGGUAAGCGUUUAUUAAAUAUUUGCGAUAGGGUAUGCUGCCGGAAAUUUUAAUGUAGUUGAAACGUACACAGAUAUUGUUUAACUUGUUGCUUUAUUAUCCACUCCACUUGUCGCGUCCUUCACACCUGAACCUCCUGUCUCCUCCCUAACACGACCCUGCUGAGCCACGCCUGUUGCUUAAUUGUUACCCCUCGUCGGUCCUUGUAUUUAAGUAGGCUACCUGUUUGUCUCGUCAGCCCCAGUCCGGUCAUUGACAUCGUGCCUGCCUUUUACUUUUGCCUUUCUUGGUUGGAAGUCCACCCGUCUAUGAUCCCUCGUGAUCCUUUCGUUUCCAGUCUCUGUCCAUUUACAGCAAUAAACCUUUCCUCUUUGUUUCACCACCACGCCUCCCCUCCAGUCCUGAGUUCUUUACGUCACGACACCACUACGCAGACUGUCCCCUUCACCGGUCAUUUUCAAGGUGGACUUCAAAAUUGGAAAACGAUCACCAUUACCGGAAGAGUUAAACACAACGCGAAGAGGUUCCAUGUGAAUUUGCAGUGCGGAUCGAGGGUUGGAGCGGACGUAGCACUUCACUUCAACCAGAGGUUUGAUAGUCAUCCUGCAUACGUGGUCCUGAACACCUGCAGGAACUCAGCGUGGGGCGCAGAGAAGCGAAAGUACGAGGCUCCUUUCCCUCGGUGCUCCAUAUUCAUGCUGACUAUCAUGGUCAGUCCUGACAAAUACAAGUUGAUGGCUAAUGGGAACCACUUCAUGGAAUUUAAUCACCGUAUCCCCUUCGGUCAAGUGGACACCAUCGCAGUGGAUGGUGGAGUUGAGCUGGCCUCCAUCAGCUUCCAAAAUCCCAUGGCUCCAUAUAUGCCACCUCGGCAAACAUUUCCUGCCAUGCCUAGAUAUUCUCCCUCCUUUGUCAUUCCGUACAAGGCCACCAUUCGAGGUGGACUUCGUGCGGGGAGGAACAUCACCAUCCAGGGCGUGGUCCAUCCGGACGCUAAAAGGUUCCACGUCAACCUGAGCUAUGUGUCAGGGAUCGCCUUGCAGUUGAACCCCCGCUUUGAUGAGAAUACAGUGGUGUGCAAUAACCAGGAACAAGGCAGAUGGGGCACGGAGGAACGUUCCGGAGGCAUGCCCUUCAGCCGAGGCCAGAUGUUCACGAUGAUUGUCAUUUGUGAAAGUCAUUUGUACAGGAUUAUCGUCAAUGGCGUACAGGCAUUCACCUUCAACCACCGCCACCGGAACUUACGGCAGAUCAGUAUCUUGGAAGUGGAUGGAAAUCUGACCUUGACCUCAGUAACGUUCUGAAGAAGGCAGGCGGUUUAUCAGAUUAUAUGAUAAAACAAAUGAAAAAACAAUCUAAUAUAUUCCUACUUCUGCCAACUUUACCUGUAUGUGUCCAUGAAUAAAUUGAUGUUGAAAUUAUA